UAGUAAUAAGAAAAAGGAAAGAAAGUAGUGGUAACCUCUAAAUUUAUGAAGGCCGAUCCGAAAAGAGUUGCUUCUGGACCGCCAUGUCUCAAUUAAUAAAAUGGUGGCGCGGUGGCUGUACCUCAGCAUCGCAGCAGCUGCGUGUAGCAUAUUUGUAUAUACUAAUACUAUUCUGGCAAGUACUGGUAUCCUGUCCUGAGAUAGAGAAAGAGAAGCAAUUGUAUUAUCUUGCAGAAGAAACAUGGAACAUCAUAUUAACGAGGAUGAUGAUAGUCUUCGACAUGACUGGGCUCAAGAAGUGAAAGCUUUUGAAGAAAGCAGAGGUGGCGUGAAAGGGCUGGUGGAUUCUGGUGUGACCAGGAUUCCCAAGUUCUUCAUUCAAUCCCCGGCUGCAGCAGCCCAGCAGAGUCUGCUAUCAACUAGUACUGUUAACAAUGUUAAUGGAAUUAAUGAUGGGCUGCUGCAGAUCCCGUGCGUUGAUCUUCAAGGGAUUGAAACUGACGGUGCUAGAAGAAAGGAGGCCGUGGACGAGAUUCGUAGAGCAGCAGAGACCUGGGGUUUUUUCAGAAUAACGAGUCACGGAGUUCCCAUCAGCGUAAUGGAUGGGAUACUUGAAGCCACUCGACGCUUCCAUGAGCAGCCUAAAGAGGACAAGAUGCAUUUGUAUUCUGCAGAUGGACGCCAAAGCGUCAGGUUCUAUACCAUCAACGGAACUUUUCAGGAGAACCAUGUUGCCUCUUGGAGGGAUGCUCUGGGUUUCAAUUUCCCGGAUGGUGUUGUGGACUCUCAAGCUUUACCCCUCGUUUGCAGAAAGGAAGUCUCUGAGUACAUGAAGCAUAUGAUCAAGUUGAGGGAUGUGUUACCUGAAUUGUUAUCAGAGGCUUUAGGACUAAGCAGCGAUCAUCUGGCAAGAAUUGAAUGUAUGGAAAGCGAGCACCUGUCUUGCCUCUAUUACCCACCCUGCCCUGAGCCAAACCUGACCUUAGGCCUAUUAAAGCACUCGGAUACGACAUUUUUGACUAUUGUAGUGCAGGAUGACAAAGGUGGUCUCCAAGUGUUUCAUCAAGAUCAGUGGGUCAAUGUGCUCCCAGUUCCAGGAGCUCUACUUGCAAAUAUUGGGGAUCUGAUGCAGCUUAUUACCAAUGACAAGUUCAAGAGUGCAGAGCACAGAGUAUUGGCUAGGUGUGUUGGUUCAAGAGUAUCAACAGCAUGCUUCUUCUUCCCCAGUUCCAGUCAUCUGUUUAAGCCAUACGGACCAAUAAAGGAGCUUCUGUCUGAAACCAACCCACCUUUAUACAGGGAAGUUAGUAACAUGGAAUACACUACUGCAUACCAGAAAAAUGUAAGGCACCGGACUUCAACUCUGGCACUAUUCAAGCUUUGAUCAAUAUUUAGCAGCCAGUGAUCUGUGAUGUUGAUUGCUGACAAGCUAGAUGAAAGUGCUGCAUGCAUGCCCUGCUUCCAGUUCUCAAUUUCGCCAGUGGUGAUGAACUCUGUACUCGUAGAAUGUGGAUUUUUUUUUUUUUUCAACUGAAAGAGUAAGGAACUAAUGCUUUGGUUAAAAUUGAACAAGACUCAGUAAGGCACUACAUGUGAACUUCUUGCUUAAGCUGCUAAUGCUAAAAUCUGCAAAAGAAAGUCUAAUUUGGAUUCGAAAUCUGAAACAGUGAUUCUGUAGCUGCUAAUUUAGAGCGUUGGCAGGAUGAAAACAUGACCUGCUCAGAUGAUAAAACCAGGCCUUCAAAAGGCUUUAAAUCUCAGUCUUGAUCGAUGGUUUAGUGCAAAUUUAAAUCUUCAAAUUUUGUGGCAGUCAAACGCGUGAUGAUGAUAGAACACAGAAGCAUAGACCUCAAGAGCCAUGCAUGGGAAGUUAGAAGCAGUGUUGUUCUACAUGUGUGGACAUAACGAGGCUAUGAAUGCUUGCACUUUCUACAGACAAGAAAUUAGGGGUCGAGCCCAAAUGUGAUGUGGUCGAUCUUAAACUAUCUGAUAGAUCAUUUUUUCAUAGAACUGUUUUGUAUGUUUAAACAAAGUAUAGAUCAACAAUGCGACUUGACUAGCC